UUCAGAUAUAGUUUGGAAUUCACUCUGUUCCCACGAUGUGGUUGCAUUGGCAGUGGCUGAUCUGGGCUCUUGUCGGGCUCCAUGUGGCAGUGGCCACCAAGUGGUAUGGCGGUGGAAUGGACUUCAAUGAUCCCUCCUCCUGGCUAGAUGAUCACUUGCCAUGCGCACAGGACUUGGUCGUUUUUCCGGAGUACUACCCAGCCCUGUUGCCGUUGCCCGAGAACAUAGCCAUUGAUGGCUUGGUUUUCCCCAGAGAAGGGGCGAUCCUCCUGGCAGAGGAAUCUACCAUUACCUUUGGUUCCGACAAGCAGCCCGCCUGUGAAAGUGAGGAGAAGAAGGCCUUUCUGAAGCCGCCGAAGUCGAGUAAAUGGUUCGAUCCUGGCACCUGGACGGACAAAUCUAAGGAACCUUCCACAUUUACACCGGAGCUGGAGAGGAUUCCCUGUGAUGACGAGCAGGUCAUCAUCAAGGGGCACGGACCGUUGGCCUUCGACCUGGAAAACGUGCAGUACCUGCGGCUGGGACAGCUUAUUCUGGCUGGUUCCUCCAUUUCCAAGAUGUACUUGGAACAACUUAUCAGCAGAGAUCUGGGGCAGUUCCUCUUCCACAAUGCCAAGUACGUCCAGGUGGAGUACUACAGAGGAGAGUUGUGUGGCUGUCACAAGGACUUCGAGCGACUUCUGGAACCCGUUUGCCAUAAUGUCCAGGAGCAGUGCGAGACGCCCCACUGCUUGUCCCCAGUGCGACCCUUGGGAUCGUGUUGCCUCAUCUGCGGCGCCAUUCUAACCACGCCCACGACGCACUGCACCGAGGGCAGUAGAAAGGAGUUUGUGGCCCAGAUUACUGACCUCAUAAGCCAGCAGAACCUGAAAGAUCAGAUCGGCCUGCACGUGGAGUUCGUGGGCUCCCAGCAGUUUGGAAACUCCCUGCAGGCGGUGGUCACUGAUCGCCUUAAAUACAGUGAACGGAGCAUGGAGUUCCUGCAGCAGAACCUACAAAACUGGCACAAGAAAGGAAUAAAGUUGGAAGUUUCGGGUCGACCCUAUAAUCCGAAUGUCAGCUUCUCCUCGAUUGUGCUCAUCCUCUUCUGCAUGGCACUGGUGGGUCUGGUGUCCGUCGUCAUUUUGGCGCACUUUAUGCCAGAGAAUCCCUACCUCAACCGGAUCCCACAGUGGAUCCACGACCCCCGUCGCUGGAGGUGGCGUCACCUGGGCUUGCGACUGCGCCGGAAUCUGCUGUUCAACCGUUUUGACAACGGCGGCGCAGGAGGUGGCUCCAGUGACGGAGGUGCUUCUGGUGUGGAGCAGCUGGGCAUUAUGGCUUAUGACCCGGAAAGCGGCGAGGUAAGGGAACGAUCCUUUGAUAAUCCCAUGUUCGAGCAGGGAGCAGCUUUGGACGCUGCCAAGGAGUCGCAGGAUCAGGAGGAAAUUUUGGGUGUCCCCAAAAUGGAGACUGGAGAUCUGGACGCCGGUAGUGUGGUGGAUGAACAGGAGCUCACGGAAAUCAAUUUGGAAACCUGCGGGGCGGACACCGAUGAGGAGACCAUCUAAUUAUAGUUAUCCAAAAUAACUCGAUAGGUUUUCAUGGAAACCUUUUCCGAAAGCACCAA